UCAAUAGAGAUGCCAGAUCUUCAGAUUUGUCCGUAAAUUUGCAGAUUUCGGACAUAGUGCUGCAGACAUUUUUUGUUGUGCAGACUUUUGCAGACUUAAUUAAAAUUUACAGACUUUUGAAAUUGUCGUGACCGUUUUUUUUUUGCUUGCCAAGUCAGUUUAGCGUAUCAUAUCUUAUAGAGAAAUAGCUGCCAGCUAACCAUACCUUCUAACUGCAAAUAUUUACAGACUGUUGCAACCCUGUCUUAAGAUAUUUGAAAUAUUUACCUGGCAUCUCUGUAUUUCAAGCCCGCAAUCUCGCGUUUGUAUCAACGGACAUUUACUGGUUGAUGUUUUACUUAGAAAGUUUUAAGUUCGUUGCCACAAUUUCAGUUAACAAGAGUAUUUAACGCCAAAAACUAUUUCUUGGUAAACAAAUAUAAAACAGACUUAGAAUAAUGACUCGCACAAAAAUUCGACGAGCAGUAAGCAAAAAGCGCGGAUCUGUUGAUGAAAGAACUCGUAUUGAGAACAAAAUGAGAGACUUCGAUGUUAAUGUUGAAUGUGAACUGGCCAAUUUAGAAUUGAAAUUUCGCGAUGAAAUGGAUCGAAUUCAGAGGUUAAUUGAUGGACUGAAAACUAGAAUUCCGAAAAAGUUCCAAACAAUGACCAUUGAUCAGAUAAGAGAAUACAAUGAAGAAGCUGAAAAAAUAGAAGCAUCUUUCUAUGGUGAUCGAACCCAUUUGGCGGCAAACAUAAGUGCUAUGCUAGAAAAAUCAGCACGCAAAAAAUCCAAAGAUGACGGUUACCUUACAGAAGAAAGCGAUAAUCAUGAGCGUCUGUCGACGCUAUCCUCGUCUAAACGCAUGGGACCAUUGAUGUCGGCGAAAUACCGUCGUCGAAGUAAAUCUACAAGCGCAAUCAACAAUUCUAGUGUGAAUCACAGCCUUUUCCAGACGAUGACGGUAAAUAGGUCGGUCCUCGGUAAAACGCUGGGAACAAGUGUUACUGCGAAGGAUCGUGCUUCAAGGUCAAAAAUCAAAACACCGAUGACAAAUCGUACAAAGGCAAUCAGUGUAGAUCGAAUAUAUGGUCCCAUCACACCAAAAGUACACCCAAACUCCGCAAUGGCCAUCAUUCGUCAUGCUAGACUAGGAGAAUCAGUGUUCUCCAUCACCGGCAGUCCGGUUAUUACUGCAAAGAUGCUAGAAUCCUCUGCUAACGUAAACAUUCCGGUGGAAAAUGGAAUGUUGUCUAUUCGACCGACCGAGUUGGAUUCGGUAGAUCCAGUAUUGAUAAGCAAAAUUGAUCCCAAUGUACUAAGCGAACUGAAACAACUGCAGGAAAAUCUCAAUGUGAUCAUGCGAACACUCAAACUAUGAACAACGAUGCCAUGUUUUCAUUUUAUUUGUAGAACUCGAUUUACCUCCCUAUUGCCAAUAUUUAUGAGGCAAUUCAGUUAUAUUAGUGGAUUUGAAAAGCGCAUUUUGUCAUAUGAUUUGUUUUAAUAAUUUUACCAACACUUUAUAUUUU